UAUUUAUUUUUGUGUUUCAGACGGAGCGCAACCUACAGAGGAACACGAAGGCGGCGAGAGGAUGAGCGACUCACGAGACCAGUACCUUUAGCUGAGGUCAAGGUUUCCCCACCCAAGUUUGACUUGGCUGCCACUAACUUCCCCCCUCUUCCUGGCUGUGUGGUCAGCACGCAGGGAGAGCCAGUGCUUGAAACCCGAAUGUCCGAUGUCGUCCGUGGUUUGUAUAAGACUGAACAAACUCCUAAAGAAGCCACUGUGAGUGCAGGUUCAGACCAAGCCUCUGCAUCAGAGGAGGCUGUGGUUGUCUCAGCUCCUGCCUUGACCGCUCCAAAACCCGUUACUCAACCACUCGGACAUCUGUCCUCCCGAAUCACUUAUUCAGAGAAGAGGGCAGAGCGGGCAGAACCACCUGCUUCAAAAACAGCUCCACGUACACCGAUUCAAGCCACAGUAACUACUUCCUCCUCCUCACAGCCUGUGCAAACCUCACAACCUCAACCCUCUGCUGCCGCCACACCCAGCACGCCAACCCCAGCUCCAGUUUCGAUCACCACGCCAGCACAGGAGCCUCGUAAACUCAGCUAUGCCGAAGUGUGCCAACGGCCACCCAAAGACCCUCCCCCUGCCCCCCCUGCUCCAUCUUCCUCCAGCACAGCGUCAGGCCAGCCGUUACGUGAGCUGCGCGUGAACAAGGCGGAGGAGCCGGGCUCCAGCAGCAGUCCUGCAGACAAGCAAGAGAGAGGUCACGACAAGGAGGGAGGAUGGCAGUGCAAGGAGAGCCGGCCGCCACGUGAGCGCGACUCUCAAGGAGGCUACUACCGCAGCAACGGUCCCAGAGGCACGGGGGGGCUCAAGUUUCGUGAGCAGCGGCGCCCUCCUCCGAACCGACGCAGCUCCCCACAGGGAGGCUACAGGCACACUGGCAAAGAGCAGAACAUCCCACCUGUAUCGCCAAAGUAAAAACUUGACAUGAAAAGAAAAAAGAUGUGUGAAUAAAUAUAUAAAUAUAUAUACAUGGAUAUAUAUAUAAUUAUAUAAAGCGAAUAAGAUAAAAGCAACAACAUUAUGGUAGCCACCUCCCCUCCUGGAACUUGUCCAAAGAAAGGCUUUUAAAAUGACUGACACCCAGGACUUGAGGACAAAAUGACACCUGAGGAACUUUGAUGAGCAAUUUGAAAAGGAAGCAAACAUUUUUGGUUUUGACCUCCAGUAUAAUACUUAAAAAAAAAAAAAAAAGAGG